CUUCCAAAAGUUGUAAGAGUUCAGUACUAAGGUAGUCACCUAUCAAGUCACAUCUUGAAAUUAAUAUUUUGAAGACGAACACUUGAAACCUAAACAAUGGCUAAAAUGGUGAAACUUUUAUUCCUUCUCGUAAGCGCAAUUCUUGUGUUGAGUUGCGUAUCUGCAAGGAGAGUGAAUUACGAAUCGAAAGGAGUUCACUCACCUGGUAGGGUGCACAAUAGAAUGGCACGAGGCGCAGGAGCAGUUGAGCAUCUAGGUAGUAAUGGAAACGGCAGGGCAAAUAUUGAGUUUUUGGGUGCUGUCAAAAGUAAUCCAUUAGAACUACUAGGCCGUAAUGCGGCUGUUGAAAUGUUAGCUGACGAUGAAGAUGAGGAUGAAGAUGAGGAUGAAGAUGAGGAUGAAAAGAAAUAAAUAAUUGAUUAAAACACUUGCGGACCAAUUUCAAAGGCUCUAGUAAUUUUAUAUUUGUUCCAUAAAUAAGCAAUUUGUAUCUUCUAAAUAUUAAAAAUAAA